UCCUCCUCUCUCGUCGCAUCCUGUGCUCUCGUCUCUCCUCAUCCUCCUCCUCCUGCUCUUGUUUUCUUUUCUUUUUUUCAUGGUGACUGUGCGGUGUGUUCAGGAGGCGCACAUGCUCUGGAUUUGAGCCAAUUCACUCAGCUAUAUUUCUGCUGUCUGGUUUUUUUUUGGGGGGGGGUUGACUCUCAAGGUCGAGUCAGGCAUCAUGACUUUCCACUGACCACCAUGCAACAACCACCGGUGCUUUAACACGACUCGUCUCCUCCGCCCGGCUGCUGCUCCACCACCUCCACCGCUGCACUUCACCCAGACCUCUCCAGGGGAAACUAACAGCACCUGCCGACGCCUAUCGCACCAUAUGACCGUCUCGAAGAGAGACCGUAUGGAGGUGACAGGAAGGAUGACAUGCAUCAAAGGUCCCUGAUGACAUGGCGUCCUCAGUACCGCAGCUCCAAGUUCCGCCACGUGUUUGGUAAGGCCGCCACCAAGGAGAGCUGCUAUGAUGGCGUGCCAAUCACAUGCAGCGUCCAGGACAACAACUUCUGUGCAGUCAACCCACGUUUCCUGGCAGUCAUCACUGAGUGUGCCGGGGGAGGGGCCUUCCUGGUGCUGUCUGUCAAUCAUACAGGUAAAGUGGAUCCUCAUCAGCCCCGAAUAUCGGGCCACAGAGGCAACGUGUUAGACGUCAAAUGGAAUCCCUUCAACGACUACUGCAUCGCCUCCUGCUCCGAGGACACCACGGUGAAAGUGUGGGAAAUCCCUCCUCAUGGCGUGCUGAAGAACAUCACAGCAGCGUGGAAGGAGCUUCAGGGUCACAGCCGCAGAGUGGGCCUCAUUGAGUGGCACCCCACCGCUAACAACAUCCUCUUCAGUACGGGCUAUGACUACCAGGUGAUGAUCUGGAACCUGGACUGUCCUGAGCAAGUGAUAAAAAACCCCGUAAGGACAAUCAGCCACCACACAGAUGUCAUCCUCUCCAUGUCCUUCAACACAGACGGCAGCCUCUUGGCCACCACCUGCAAGGACCGGAAGGUCCGACUCAUAGAUCCACGCUCAGGAAACCUACAGCAGGAAGCCAACUGCAAGACGCACAAAGCCAGUAAGGUGCUGUUCCUGGGUAACCUGAAGAUGCUCUUCACAUCAGGCACUUCACGCUACAACGACCGACAGUUUGCUCUGUGGGAUCAGGACGAUCUGUCUGUGCCUUUGUCACAAGAGAACCUGGAUGGUUCGUCAGGAGUCCUCUUUCCUUUCUACGACCCCGACACACACAUGCUCUACCUUGCUGGGAAGGGUGACGGAAAUAUUAGGUACUAUGAGGUCAGCUCAGAAAAACCAUAUAUCCACUACCUAACAGAGUAUCGCUCAAACCUACCUCAGAAAGGAAUGGGUGUGAUGCCAAAGAGAGGCCUGGAUGUGAGCUCCUGUGAGGUGUUCAGGUUCUACAAACUGGUGACAAUCAAGAGUCUUAUUGAGCCUCUUUCCAUGAUCGUACCUCGCAGGUCAGAGUCAUACCAAGAAGACAUCUAUCCAAUGACUGCUAGUAACAAGCCUGCUUCGUCUGCAGAGGAGUGGCUCAGCGGCAUUGAUAAAGGUCCGGUGCUGAUGUCUCUGAAGCCUGGAAGUCAAAUAGCAGAGUCGUACUCAGAGAUGAGCAAGGGGCGGGAAAACUCACUGGACGCUCGCAAGUCUCACAGCAGACCGGGCAUGCUGCAGCUGUCGUACAUUCAGGACCAACUGGGAUCCAAAGACGGCAAGGAGGACAGCGGCUAUACGGAGGACGAAAGGAGUCGAACACCCGUCAGCAACGGAGAAGAACUCGCACUUUGCUCGGCACCCAGGACAGAGAAUGAGCUGCGACUGAAGUUUUACAAGCAGCAGGAGGAGAUCCGACGGUUGAGGGAGCUCCUCAACCAGAGGGACGUGCGCGUCAAACAGCUGGAGCUGGAGAUUAAGAACAUCAAAAACUCCCAGUCUCACCAGAGCCCACUCUAAGACUUUGCCCGACCCCUCAGGAUCAACUUCACCCCCUCCAGGAACACAUGCAUUACUGUACAAACCUACUAACCCCAUCUUCAAACCACGACACCUGUUCUUAGGGUCCAGACUCACCUCUUUACCUUUAAUGACUCACUGCACAGGGGUGAUUUAAACCUCAACUUUCGUGUUUUCUUUCGGUCUGUCUGUUCCUCACAUGGUGCACAUAUUCUUUGUUCAUGUACAUACACUCAAACACUAAGUCUCACCCAGCUGUAACAUGAUUUAAAACUAUUUGCACCUGUUGACCUUUACCUUUCUUUUGUACGCUUCACAGCUAUGCAAGUUAAUUGUAAUUUUUUAGCUUUUUAUGCUCUUUUGUAGCUGGAGAUGAAAAAGGAUGUCUGUGCCUGUCUUGGCUGAAUGAUGGACUGCGUGUUGUUUGAAAGUUGUUGCAAGGCAGGAGCAGACAUCCUGUGUGGUUGUGCGAUAACGCUGAGUUUAUUUUCUAUGCUUGGUGAUUGUUUUUUUUUUUCUCCAAUAUUUAAACUACUGUAAGUGGGGGUGGCUGUGGUGUUUUUAAUAUAUGCUUGAAUGGGUGCUUGAAUGAGAGCAAUCUAAAUGAAUGACAAUAUCAUGAUCCCAGCUGUGUUCAUUGAGCUGGAAAAUGUAAAAUGAAUCCAUGUGUUUCACAGCAGCUAUUGUGUAAGCCAAUUCUGUAACUGAUGCCAUGUAGCAGUUCUUAAUUUUUAUAUUUAUUUUAAAAUACAGGCAAAGAAAAAAUACCUUUGGUUCAAGUACUUUAAUUUGCGAUUGUUAUUUUGCAAAUAAUAACUGUUUUAAAAGGACAAGAAGGUGAAGAAACAUUUAAAAGCCAUUGUAGAGCCGUAGUCCUGCACCACUUCUGGGUUAGUUUGUGUUCCACUAGCUUUCAGUUCUGAGUGUAUUUUCUUUAAUAAGGCAUCUUUUAUUGCUCUUUGUAAAAACCUGAAACAUGACACUGGGAUUUUCCAUUCGUAUUUUAAGAUGAAAGAAUAUCUGCUAAUUUCGUGGAUAUUAAAAUAUGAGCAUGUCAUAGCUCUGAUUGGUGAUAGUGGGAGUUCAUGUGGGAGAUAUGAUGUAUAUUGAGAUGAUAGAAAUGUGUCUACAGUCAGAGAUACCACGUAUAAUCUCCGCUGUUUUAUUUUCUGGAUUAGUAAAAAGCAGACUUCCCAUCUGGUUAUAUUAUUCAAAUACAGUUCCUCAGUAUAGGUACAUUGGAUUUUUCCAGUUAAUUUAAUAUAUCAUGAUAUAUAUUGAUAUUAAAAUCUGAAAUUUAACAAUAUUAAAGGAUUUUAUUUAUAUUGCCUAUUCCCUAUGCAGGAUUUGUAUUUGCUGAAUGCUAACAAAAAACAUUAUUUAGCUUGACAGUUCAUUUCUGACCUUGUUAGCAGCGCUGGAAAAACAAUAUCCUUCUCAUCAGUUAUUCGCAUGUUCUGGAGCUUUAAUUGUUCUUCAGUGGUGUGGAUGAGUAGAUAUUUAUUUGUUUUUUUAUAAGAUGGACAGAGAGUUCCCAGUAUGAUGUUUCAGCUUUGAAAGAAACCCUCUGUGUUUAAUGACAAAGUCUGGAUGAGGCUAGUGGAAGAGAAGUGAGCAGAAGACAGGUCUUCAUCUCUUAAAAUAAACAUUUUACUUAAAUGUGA